AUGAAAAUUCAUCCCUUUAAACAUAAGGAGAAGGACGAUUUUGAGACAUUACAUACUUGGAGUAGUUAAAGGCAAUUUACUGAGAUGGGAUCUUAAGUUGUUUUGACUCAUAUGAAUAGUGGAUUUCUAUAACCAAUAAAAAAUAGCAACAGGAAGAAAAGAUCUAAAACAGUUAAAAAUUUGUAAGAUAAUCUAAUUUAUAUAAAAGUAUUUAACUUUCUUCAACAACUACUAUCUCUCCAACUAAUUCCUAAAGAACAGAUAGAAAACUAUAUUUUUCGAAGUUAAUUAGAAAGAUUAUUAAUGCUCAACACUUUAUAGAAGAGUUAAAGAAUUAUGCUGAUUAAUUAAGAAGCUAAAAUAUACGUUAUACUUACAAAAGAAGAAAUUUUUUGCCUUUAUUUCCAGAUGAUGUUCCAUAUAUAUUAUGGGGGUUAAUUAUAAAUUUAUGCACUGAUUUUGCAGCAAUUUUAUUUCCAUUAUAAAUUGCAUUUGACUUUGAAGUACAUUUUAUACUGUAUAAUAGAGGGAGUAGGAAGUCAAAUUAUUUUGAUAAUUUAAAUAAUAUUUUGGAUAGAUCUACUCAUUAAUUUUUUUAUAUGCCAUGUAAAUAAAUAACUAGAUUUGAUUUAUAACUUUAAGGAUAUUGCAUAUCAUUAUCUUAGUAGUUGGUUUAUAUUUGAUUUAAUUUCAGUACUUCCUGACUUUAAUUAAAAUGGACUAAAAUUAUUAAAACUAGUAAGAUUAUUUCGUUUUUUUCUUUUUGAAAGAAGGGUGGCUUAUAAUUAAUCUUUAGAUUUAUUAAAAUAAUAGAAAGCAAUAAAAGAUGAAUUAGUAGUAAGAAAUGAAUAUAAUUUGGAUUUGAGAUUGAAAAAAUUAAUGAAAAUAUUUUUAGAAAUGAUAGUUCUAAAUCAUUUAUUUGCUUGUUUAUGGAUAUGGAUUUGUAGAUUUAAUUUAGGUUCAGAUUGGUUGUCACAUUAUAAUCUUAAUGAAAAGGAUGAAUUUACAUAGUUAAUAAAUGCUUUUUAUUGGGCUUAUUAAACAAUUACAGUAAUAGGAUAUGGAGAUAUAGAAGCUCAUAAUACUGAUGAAUAUUUAUUAGUUAUUAUAUGGAUGUUAAUAGGAGUAGGAUAUUAUUCAUUUACAAUUGGAAAUAUAACUUUUAUAUUGAUUUAAUCAAAUCCAAAUUAAGAAUUUGAUGAUUAACUAUUAAAUUUAGAAGACAUUAGUAUAAAUAUGCCUAAUUGGAUUUAAGAAGAUUUAUUUCGAUAUACUAAAUAUAAUAUAUAAUAUAAUCCUUUCUGGGGUGAUGAUGCUAAAAGAAUUCUCUUUGAAUUACCUCAACCAUUAAUAUUAUAUAUGACAGCAGCUGUUCAUAAAGAAAUAUUUAGAACUAUUCCUUUUAUGUCUAAUGAUAUCAAUUUCUCUGCUGCCAUCUUACCACAUUGUACAAUAGCUUGUUAUUAAUAAUAUGAAACUAUAUAUCAUAUAGGAUAAAAUGCUAAUGAUUUCUUUUUUCUUAUAAAAGGAGAUGUCAGAUUAUGUGAUUCUAAUGGUGAAUCAAUUAUUAGUGUAAUGGAAGGAACUUGUUUUGGCGAAAUUGAAUCUAUAGAAUAUACUUAAAGAUGUUGGAGUGCCUUAGCUUUAUAAGAUAGUAUUGUUAUUAUGUGCUCUGCUCAUUUCUUUUCUCAAUAUUUAUUAAAUGAAUCUCCUUAAUUUUUUGAAUUACAAUAAAUGUACAAAAGAAGAAAAAUAAUUCUAUUUCAAUAAGCUAAACUAAAGAGAUGUAAUAUAUCAUCUCUAAUAUAGAAAAAUAAAAUAAAAUUAGAAGAGGACAUGCUGUUAAUGAGACUUAAAAAUUAAAUAGAAAAAAUACAUUAGCUUAACAAUUAGAUAAUCUAAAAUAAAAGUUUGAUAAUCGUCCUUAUUAAAGUGUUUAACAGGAUAUUAUGUUAUAAGUUGUUGGAUAAAAAUAAGCGAGAAUUAAAAUCAUUAGAGAAAAGUUUGCCAAUGUAAUUUAUCAUUUAUAUGUAUUUUAGGCAAUUUCUAAAGUUAAAUAUUAUGUAUAAAAAUCAUAAAAAUUAAAAAAUAUUUCAGUUGAUGAUCCUGAUUAUAGAAUUAUUAAUAGUCUAGUAAAUAAUAGAAUUGUUAAUAGUACUUGGAGCAAAUAAAUUUCAAAAAAAUUUGGAAAAAAACUUUUAAGUAAUUUUGUUAAAGUUUGUGAUGAUGAAGAGUUGAUUAAAUCUUUCAUCUUAAAAAGUAAAUAAGAAUCAAUUGAUAGAAUUAUGAGAAAAAAAUUAGUUCAUAUCAUUAGAAAUAUUGCAAAAUUGCAAAAGAAAGAAAAAAUUGAUAAAAAUAAAAUCGACCUGUUUUAUGGAAAAUUUCAUUUAUAAAUUUAUGAAGAAAUAAAAAAUGAAAAAUUAGAAGAACGCAAAAAGUAAAAAUAGAAACUUGAAAGUAUUAAAUAAGAAAAUAGAAUUAGAACUUAAAUCUAAUCAUUAAAUAAAUAUUUUAAAUAAUUAGAAAAAUAACAAACGUCUAUUUCUAUGGCUAUUUUCGAAAUAAAUUAACAUGAAUUUGAAAUAGAUGGUCUUAUAUCAGAACUCAAAUAACAACUUCUAUUAGUUAAAAUUGAUUGA